UAAUUGUCAAAUAAUGGUUUAGUGAUUUCAGGCUGUUGUAGGUGAUGCAGGUUUUCUGAAAUCAAACCAGUCGUUAAAGUAAGGCAUAAUAGACUCUAUUUAAUGGUGGUAAUAAUAGUGGUGAUGCAGCUCGGGUGUUGACAGGCUUGUGCUGCAGUUCUAUGGAUGUUUUGCCCUCCAGGUCUUCGAGCCGGUCACAUGACUGAAAGCUAUGAAUUCGAGUCUGUGUGGCAUCAUGAAGGUUCCAGUAUUUCCAGUUCCCAUCAGCCUUUGUCAACAGAUCACAGGGCUUUUAAACAUGUGUGCCUCUGAAGUUCUGCAUGUCUAAGAAGAGUUGAGGUUUGAAGCUUCGUCGUGAUACGCGUGAUGCUGUGCUUUCUGCUGACGCUCCACUGGAUGACGGUCACUGUAGCGCUGCAGUCAUCCAAGGAAGAUGGCAAAAGGCCGUAUAUUUACCGCUGCCGCUCGCCCAACAUGGAGAUCUUCACCUGCUGGUGGCGUCCGAUCGCUAAUCAGGACAACGUCACCUACACGUUCCUGUACACCACGGGUGAGCGCGCUCCUCGGGAGUGUCCCGAUUACGUGAGCGGCGGCAUCAACAGCUGCUUCUUCGAUGCCAAACACACUCAGGUCUGGGAGAUGUACUGCAUGAACGUGACCGCACACACGCGCACGGGGCCCAUCACCUCUCAGAAACACUGCCUGGACGUGGUCGAUAUAGUGGAGACCGACCCACCCUUUAACCUGACGUACAUCAUGCUGAACGAGAGCAUCGGUGAAGUCGGCCGCAGUGUUUUAGUGUCCUGGUUGCAUCCGGUUGAGUCUCUAGUGCAUGAGGACUUGAUCGUGCUCGUCUACGAGCUGCGCUACAGAAACCUCGCUCGGACAGACAGCUGGAGGGUAAUGGAGCGUUUGCGCGAGCCUCGUGUGGAGUUUUUGGAUCUGCCGGUGGGAACGUAUGAGUUCAGUGUGCGCUGCCGCUCCACCAGCAACAAACACUGGAGUGCAUGGAGCGAGUCCGUCAUCGUCACCAUCAACGGCAGAGCUCUGUCCGAUCGGAUGUUGGCCUUGAUCCUUGUGACCAGCAUCGCCAUCAUGAUCGUCCUCUUCAUCAGUUUGGGGAACAUCCCACGAGGCAAGAGCAGGAUUAAAUCGCUCCUCCUGCCAGCGAUUCCCAAACCGCGCAUCCCAGGGCUUGAACCCGCUCUGCUGAAGAAGGGGAAGAUUGACGAGCUCAAUCAGCAUUUCUGCAGUUUUCACGGCUAUAAGUCGCUGCAGUACUGCACGGAUACGUGGUACCAGGUGAGCGUGGACACUAAUCCGGCUGUGACGCCUGACGGUAUACAGGAGGAUGCAUCGAUCGGGCCAAUCACGCAGUACGUCACCUGCCCUGACGGACAACAGUCUGUUCAGAUCAGCUGCACUCCUGCGCCGUACUGUCGUGGCCCCGCCCCCUAUUGUGAGGAAGACACGCCCCAUCCAUACCCUGGCCCCACCCAUCCGGAGCUCGCCUCUGUCCCAGGCAUGGACUACAGCAUGAUUCUAAGCCCCGCCCCUGCGGCACCGCCCACUCAGGACUUCUACACAUGUGUGAGCAGCGUGACGCCCACCAGCGCGCAGCAUUUGGUGCCCUACGUGCAGCUCAACGAGGGAGCGGAUGACGAAGCAGACAAGAGCAGCCAGCUGGCAGCGCUGCUGGAGAAGCAGAUGGAGGCGCUGUUGAGCAUGAUCGAGUCGGACCCGAGCGAAGCUGGCAUGCCUUCAGUACCUCAUUCUUCAGACAGGAGCAGCAGAAGCAUCUAACACACACACACACACACACAGAAUAACACAGUCCAUGAGUCACGCAGUCUGUGCUGGUUUGUCUUGAUGGGAAACGUGCCUGGAGUUUCAGUUCAAGCUGAGCGCAUUCGCAUGCAGAACGCCUGAUUCACAGCGCAAGUGUCAGCAGCGCAUCAUUUUUCACUGCGCAUGUUAAGAAAUGAGGUUGUUCAC